GAUGAUUAGUGCAGCCCUAUUGAUCCUUCAUGUAGCUACAGAGCUAAAGCAUUAGCGGUAUAACAUGGGAUUUUUCAGUAGGUGCAGAAAGCUUUCACAUGUGUUGAAGCAAAGCUCGGCUAAUGCUGUGCUGUAUUCAUGUAAUAAUACACAUGUUCAGCCGCUUUCAGCUGCCUGUAAACAUGAUGUUCGAUUCAAGAGUUCAGGCGCUGGUGAGAAACUGCAGGAGAGGCAGAAGGCCCACAUGGCACGUGGCCUGCCCAAACAAAAGCCCAUAGCAGGAGUUAAAGAGGUCAUCGUUGUUGCUUCAGGAAAAGGAGGUGUUGGUAAAUCUACCACAGCAGUAAAUCUUGCCCUUGCAUUUAUGGCCAAUGAUCAGAGUAAGACAGUGGGUCUUUUAGAUGCUGAUGUUUACGGUCCCUCCAUUCCAAAGCUAAUGAACCUUAGAGGAAACCCAGAAUUAACAGAGAGCAACUUAAUGAGACCCCUUACAAACUUUGGAAUCCCUUGCAUGUCGAUGGGAUUUCUGGUUGAAGAUACAGCACCCAUUGUGUGGAGAGGUCUGAUGGUCAUGUCAGCUAUUGAGAAACUCCUUAGGCAGGUAGAUUGGGGACUUUUGGAUUACUUGGUGAUUGACAUGCCACCCGGCACUGGGGAUGUCCAGCUUUCCAUCACACAGAACAUCCCAGUUGCAGGUGCUGUAAUCGUGUCUACUCCACAGGACAUUGCUUUAUUAGAUGCACGCAGGGGUGUUCAAAUGUUCCGGAAGGUUAACGUGCCGGUGCUGGGAUUAGUUCAGAACAUGAGUGUUUUCCGAUGUCCUAAGUGCAACCACCAGACGCACAUCUUUGGGUCAGAUGGAGCCACUGAAUUGGCUAAUACCCUUGGACUUGAGGUUCUUGGAGACAUUCCGCUGCAUCUGAACAUCAGAGAGACGUCAGACAAUGGUCAGCCUGUGGUUGUGUCCUGUUCUGACAGUCCUGAGGCUAAAGCCUACAGGAACGUAGCCUCAGCAGUGCUGCGUCGUCUCACUGAGGAGUCCAGCUGAAUGUCUUCAACACUGAUGUACUAUGUACUUAUCAGUUCAUAUUUUUAAUUUAUUUGUAGUUAGUCAGAUAAGGUUCUUCUGUGAUCUGCACUGCUGGGAAUUUAACUGAGCUCAGUUUUCCUGUGUGUGUUGCUAAAUAUUUGGCAGUCCAGCUUUUAGUCAGGGUUGAUACACUGGAAAAAGUGAAUGAUAUCAGAGAAGUUGGGAAUUGCAGAAACUGCAAACUGCUCGUCUCAAUUAAUAAAACUCCUAAACAAUGAUUUCAUUAAAAGGUAUGGUUAAGUGUUGCUUAUCAUUUCAAAAGAAGGAUGAUUUAUAAUUAUCAAGAGAAGGAAAUGAGACUAAAAUUAAGCAUCAUCAUUUUUGUGAUUGCUUGGAAACUCUCCCACUUCUGGAAUGAAUGCAGUUCAUUUCCAGUCACUGUGGAUUUUCCCUGUAAUAAUUAAUGCACUUUGUUGAUACCUAAUCAACAUUUUGUUAUUCAACCUGUUAAACUAAUUACAAAUAAACAUUUUAUGUGAUCA